AAACGGUUUCGCAUUUUAGAAUGCGAUGUAGAUUUCCGGUUAAACGUCACUGAUGUAUUUCACAAGCACGUGUUGACAAUAUCAUUUAGAGAUGGAUUACUCCCUUACAGAAAUACACAAGACAACAAAUCUCAUAUUGUGUUGCGAGUGCGGCACCGAGAUCGAGCCCAAUGCCUCCAAUAUGUGUGUGUCAUGCAUCAGAACACAAGUGGAUAUAACCGAGGGAAUCCCUAAACAGGCUGUACUGUAUUUCUGCAGAAACUGCAACAGAUACUUACAACCCCCAAGCACCUGGAUAACAGCACAGCUUGAAUCUAAGGAGCUCCUCUCCAUUUGUUUGAAGAAGCUGAAAGGGCUCAGUAAAGUAAGGCUGGUUGAUGCUGGAUUUGUGUGGACUGAGCCCCACUCCAUGAGAGUCAAAGUCAAACUCACUGUUCAAAAAGAGGUGCUGAAUGGAGCUGUGUUGCAGCAGGUUUUUGUGGUUGAGUUUACGGUGAACAACAACAUGUGUGAUGACUGUCAUCGAGUAGAGGCCAAGGAUUUCUGGAGAGCUGUUGUACAAAUCAGACAGAAGACUGAUCACAAGAAGACCUUUUUCUUCCUGGAGCAGCUUAUUCUGAGACACAAGGCCCAUGCUAACACAGUUAACAUCAAAGCUGUUCACGAUGGGUUGGACUUUUUCUAUUCUCAAAAACAAGAUGCUCGAAAACUGGUUGAUUUUCUGGUGAAUGUUGUGCCAUGCAGGUAUCAGUCGGCACAAGAACUGGUCUCCCACGACAUCAGGAAUAACACCUUUACGUACAAGUACACGUUCUCUGUGGAGAUUGUUCCUAUUUGUAAGGACAACAUUGUGUGCCUCCCUACUAAGCUGGCUCAGAUGCUCGGGAAUAUCAACCCAAUCUGUAUCUGUACUCGUGUAACCCAGUCAGUGCACCUCAUAGACCCCAACACGCUGCAAGUGGCUGAUGUGAGUGGAACUCAAUUCUGGAGAUAUCCCUUUGUGAACCUCUGCUCUCCCAAGAGAUUUGUGGAAUUUAUGGUGAUGCAGGUGGACAUUACUCCAGAGAAGGACCGCCCCCACAGAGUGCCCAUGUCACACAAGCACGUACUGGCUGACCUUUGGGUGUCAAAGGUCACAGAAAAUGGACUGAGUGACCAGCAGUACUUUUGCAGGACACACCUGGGGCACUUGCUUAAUGCUGGGGACACUGUUCUUGGAUUUGAUUUUACAAAUGCCAAUUUGAAUAAUCCAGACUUGGAGAAAGUUAAGGCAGAAAAGUUACCAGAUGUGGUGAUUGUGAAGAAAGUGUUCGGAGAUAAGACCACUAGAAACAGAAAGCGGAGAUGGAAGCUUAAGCAUCUCCAUGAUGAUCUUCACAUGGAAACGGCCAGCAAUGAAAGAGACUACACGGACUUCUUGGAGGACCUUGAGGAAGAUCAGACUACCAGGCAACUUGUCAAUAUUUACAAAGAUGACAGCAAGACAAUUGCCGUUGACACAGACGACACUGAGGAUGAGGGUCUGCCACAGAUCAGUCUCCAAGAGAUGCUCGAUGACCUUUGCAUAACUGAUGACCCCAUGGGAGACGAGGACUAGACAUUUAAUGCAGAAAGCAAGUGAUUGGAUGACAAGAGAAGUCACUGGGAAAUGGACUAGUUGCUGUGUGGAAAAUUCUUAACUGUUAAUCAAUAUGAAAGUGUUUUUAUAUCAUGAAUUUAUGACUCCACAUAAUUCAUUUAACAGGACCUGUAACUACUGCUUAUGUUGUUGAGUUUUCAAUUUAAGGGAAUGAAUAUCUGUUAUUUAUAUCAUAAAAAUAAACAAAAAUCAUAAAACUGAUUCAGAUACA